CUCACUUCUCCAAUCAGAAGAAACUUCUUCCUGUUCCGUUUGUCUCUGCUCAGCUGACUCGUAGUCAUGCGGUUCCGUUUCUGUGGGGAUCUGGACUGUCCGGACUGGGUACUCGCAGAAAUUAGUACACUAGCAAAAAUUUCAAGUGUCAAGAUGAAACUCCUGUGUGCUCAAGUGCUUAAGGAUUUGCUUGGAGAGGGAAUAGAUUAUGACAAAGUUGCAAAGCUUACUGCCGAUGCGAAGUUUGAGAGUGGAGAUAUCAAAGCCAGUGUGGCAGUGCUCAGCUUCAUAUUAUCCAGUGCAGCAAAGCAUGAUGUCGACAGUGAAUCUCUGUCCAGUGAGCUGCAGCAGCUCGGUCUUCCUAAAGAACACACAACAGGGCUCUGCAAAUCAUAUGAAGACAAGCACUCUGCUCUGCAAGACAAACUAAGAGAGACGAGUCUAAGAUUGGGACAGCUUGAGGAUGUAUCAUGGCGCGUCGAUUACACUCUGAGCUCGAGUGAGCUGAGAGAGGUGAAUGAACCAGUGAUUCAGCUGAAACUCCAGCUAAAAGGAGCAGAGUCAGGUGCCAGUGAGACAAAGGUUGUUUCAGUUUCUGCUGACAAAUUCAGAGUCUUGCUUGCAGAGCUAAAACAAGGCCAGACCAUGAUGAAUGCAUUACAAUGAAGUCUGACUUCGGUGUCUGAACAAGAGCUUGAAAAAAUAUCAACGGAGAGACUGCUGAAAGUGCCAUUAAUGUAACUUGUGUUGGAUUAAUCAUCUUGUGUGGAUUUUUCUGUACAAAGUGAUUUGUCACUGAAGACAAAUCGAUCAAUAGAUCACUGUUUUGUAAAAUAAUACAUAUCAUGUUACUUUUUUUAUUAAAUUUGAAUGCUGUCGA